UUCAGUACUGCGUCAAAAGACAAAUACAGUACUUAAAAAGUAAAAGUAAGAACUAAUCGCUCACAGAUUCGACUGGUCAAACAAAACAAAAAAAACAAACCAAAGAACUCGAGAUGAAAGGCGGCCAAUCGAAAGCUGAAGCGACGAGCACCGACCAGAGACUGAAAACAAGAGGAAGGAAGAAGAAGACGGCGACGAAGGACCCAAACAAACCUAAGAGACCUCCAAGCGCUUUCUUCGUCUUCCUAGAUGAUUUUCGACGGGAGUUUAAAGAGGCGAACCCUAACAACAAGUCCGUCGCCGCCGUUGGUAAGGCUGCCGGAGAGAAGUGGAAGUCUAUGAGUGAAGAAGAGAAAGCUCCUUAUGCUUCCAAGGCAGAGACCAGGAAGAGUGAAUAUAAUAAGAGUAUGCAACAGUACAACAUGAAACUGGCUAAUGGAACCAGUAGAGGUGAAGAUGAUGAGUCCAGGUCUGAAGUGGACGAAGCUGGAGGAGGAAGCGAAGAGGAGGAAGAAGACGAUUAUUAAGGAGGCUUUCUAGUUAUUGCUAUUUUACUGACUCAGAUUUGAGGAUGCGAUUAGGAAUUUAAGUGUGACCUUAAACUCAAAAAAAAUAUGGUUAUGCUUUGUGUGUUUUGUAAUAUUAAGAACCUCAUUUGCUACUUGUUUUGUGUUUAGGUCAGUUGUAUGGUCGGAUAAUAUCAGUUGGGAUGCUAUAUCUCCUCAUUACCUUCGGUGUUUAUUUAUUAAGGAUUUGUUUGAUGAA